AUGAAAGGGAUGGCUGGAAAAGGGUUCAAUAUGAUUUUGCUGAUCUUGUGUUUCACCAAUUUGAAAAUAAUUUUGGGUCAUGAGCAUAUGGACGGAUUUGGGGAACAGCCACUGGCAAAGAUUGCUAUACACAAAAUCCUUUUGGCACUCCACAGUUCCGCUUCCAUUACUGCAGCACCAUUUCUGUUAGGAAUCAAGGGCGAGGAUACUGAAUGGGUGAAUGUUGAACUUCACUCGCCAAACCCGUCUGUGGACGACUGGGUUGGAGUUUUUUCUCCAGCAAACUUCAAUUCUUCAACGUGUCCAUACACGGCUGGAGUUGGAAAGGUAGAGGAACCAUACAUAUGCACAGCCCCAAUAAAGUACAAGUAUGCAAAUGAUUCUAAUCCAAGAUAUACAGAGACUGGGAAAGCUGUUCUGAAGUUCCAGUUGAUCAAUCAACGUGCAGAUUUCUCCUUUGCGCUAUUUUCUGGUGGAUUAUCAGAUGCUAGACUUGUUGCAGUUUCCAACUCCAUAUCAUUUGCAAAUCCUAAAGCACCUGUGUAUCCACGCCUUGCUCUAGGAAAGUCUUGGGAUGAAAUGACAAUUACAUGGACAAGUGGAUAUGAUAUAAAUGAAGCUGUGCCUUUUGUUGAGUGGGGUCUUCCAGAAGGAAGUCAAACACGAUCUCCUGCUGGAACAUUGACAUUUAAUCGCAACAGCAUGUACACAUACAGGUUGGGACAUAUGUUGGCUGAUGGUUCUUAUGUAUGGAGUAAGAAGUAUUCGUUCAAGGCAUCCCCAUAUCCUGGCCAAAACUCUUUGCAACGUGUUAUCAUAUUUGGUGACAUGGGAAAGGCUGAGCGUGAUGGUUCAAAUGAAUAUGCGAAUUAUCAACCUGGUUCACUGAACACCACCGACCAACUCAUCAAGGAUUUGAACAAUUAUGACAUUGUUUUCCACAUAGGAGAUAUGCCUUAUGCAAAUGGAUACAUUUCACAGUGGGAUCAAUUCACAGCUCAAGUGCAAGAAAUUUCAUCAACAGUACCGUACAUGAUUGCAAGUGGAAAUCAUGAACGUGAUUGGCCAAACACAGGAUCAUUUUAUGAUACUCCGGAUUCAGGUGGAGAAUGUGGUGUUCUUGCAGAAACCAUGUACUAUUUUCCUGCUGAAAAUAGAGCCAAAUUCUGGUAUGCUACAUUAAUCUAA